UUUCCCCUCUGUAGAAGCAAGACUAUUAAUGGGGAUUACCGAAAAGAUCACAGGGACAGAAGCCGAAGCCCAAUAGAGAGAGCUGCAGCACCAAACAUGAGUCUACAUGGAAAUCAUUUAUAUGCAUCUAUUCCAACUCUUACUAUGGAUCAACCGCUAGCACUCACUAAAAACAGCUUGGAUGGGUCCAGAACAGUUGGCAUUGCACCAACAUUGUCUCCUGUGGACCGACAACAGAACCGGCCAUCUGUCAUCACGUGUGCACCAGCGAGCAAUCGGAACUGUAACUUUUCACACUGUCCUGUGGCACAUAGUGGAUGUGUUUCAGCCAUGCCAACCAACUUCCGACGGACAUCUAACAGUAAGUUAUUUUUUUUAAUUUUUUUUUAUGGUGUAUGAGACAUUACUGAGUGGUUUUAACUGUUGAAAUCAUGUGGAGCUAAAGGUUGUGUAGUGAUUUGAUUCCUGUACUGUUGAUGUUUUGCAUGGGCCCUGAUUAUUGGAGAG